UUACAAAAAAGAUAGACCUUGAGUCCAGGAGCAAUUUGGAAAUACUCCUAAGCUUAGACUGUAUGACUAUAUAAUGAGAUUUUAAGGAUGACUGGCACCACAAAAAGCAACUUCCAAGUUGGUUUGACUCUAAAAGGAUGUUCUCUGGUUUAAGCUUAGCUGUCUUCCUUUUCUUGGCCACAUCAAGUGCCCGCAUUACUGGCCAACCCUGCCUGUUAUCAGCCCUCCUGCCUGCUGGUUUGAGGGUCAACUGCAGCACUAUAAACCUCAUUGAGCUGCCUCAUCUACCCUCAGACACCACAGAGCUCCAUCUGCAGGACAACCAGCUCACCUCAGUGUAUCCUGGCCUGUUUGACAGAUUGGUGGAUCUGAAAAAGGUCUCACUAUCUGGGAACCCCUUCCACUGUGACUGUAGGAUCCGAUACCUGAGGAACUGGCUGCUGAAGAACAGGGCUAUUGUCUCAAAGGAACCCACCUGUGCCAGUCCAAGCUCUGUGGCUCAGAAAGCCAUCUCGGAUCUCAGUGAUGACUACUUUUCUUCCUGUACGCCAGCAAGCUGUACUGAUGGGACUUACAACAUUGUGGUGGGGGUGGUGCUAUGCUGCCUAAUUGUUCUGCUUCUGUGGAGCUUGAGACUAGCCAAAAUAUCCACCUUCACUCUGUACAUACUUGAGAGACAUUCAGGCUUUGAGGCAGACUCUUUGCGCUCCCUGAAGCCUAAGCACAGGAGGAGACUGGACAUUGCGCUGUCAGAUGUGAGCCCUGACUCUGAUUCUCUCACUUGUACGGAGGAUCUAGAAAAGCCACUUAUCAACAUGGAGCUACUGCCACAAGUACUGGAUGUGUUGCACAGGAAGCACAAUAUAAAGAUAAAGGCUACCUGAGGGACCUCUGUAAGUGAAAUUACAAAAACACUACAAGUGACAAAUUGAGUUGAGGCAAGGCAGCAUGACAGAUUUCUUAAUGGGAUAUUUUUGUCCUAAAGUCGUUUUUAUGCUAAACCACUACAGAGAGGACGUCUGGGUAACUGUAACAAUGUAACCUGAUUUUAUUCAGGUAAAUGUGCCUCAUUUAGGCAUGUAAGAUAAAUAUAUGAUCCAAUUGAAAGGUGUCUUUUGCUGUACGCUGCAAAUCUUAACAUACACUAUUUCAGCAUUUUUUGGAUAAAGCUCAAUACAUGUGCUCAUUAUAGGUAAUUUAACAGAACAUGUAAUAUUGAGUAUUUAAAACUAUUUUGGCUUGUAAUUGUAGUGGACUCUUAUGACUGAGCUGGUUGAGGAUUUAUGUUUAAAAGCAGAUAGACAUAACUUAAUAAGAAAGAUCUACACUAUGCUGUGUGUUACAGGUGGAAUGUUAUUGGUUGAAAAAUCACACAGACAGUUUGCAAACGUGUGUAACUAUUCCUUAUAUUGUCUUAAGUUACAAUACUAUUUACAAUGAGUGAAUUACGACAAAUGGUCAAAUUUGGGGCGGUAAAAGCUUUUGAUUGACAUUGUACUUGCAGCUAAAUUAAUGUCUAGUUAGCUUUUGCUUCUGGAAUUAAAAAUUUAAAGCAUAAAAAUGAAUUUGUACAUCAUAGCAAACAGAUUAUGGCGUGAAGAUAUGGUAAUAUUUAACAAAGAUGAUCUGUGCAAAUAAUGGUCAAGGCUCUCACAACUAGCCAAAAAUGCAGACGGACAAUACUAUUACAGGACAAUAUUGCACAUCAAACAGUUGUUUUUACAGCACAAGCAUUACUCACAUAUUCAUGCAUAGAUUGUCCAAGAUAAAUUGGUAAACAAAUGGCUAAAAAUGCAAAUAAUAAAAAGUCAUCUUGAGAAUAAA